GGGCGGCGUACACACCGGUCCUCACUGUUAUGAUUUGGCGGACUGGAUGUGGAUCCUCUGUGUCAGAGAGGGGAUUGGCGUGGACCGUGCUAGUGGACCGGUUCUAAGAUGCUACUGAUUUUCACCAGAGCCCGCCGCAAAGCGGGAUGGUCUUGCUGCGGCGGUAGUGACCAGGUCGUAUCCACCGGUAACGGCUCAACCUCUCUGGACUGCUGAAGAUAGGCGCGGUACAAAAGGACAAGACGCUGGAGUGGACUCGCCCGGGAGAUAUAUCUGAUUCUCUGCAGCAUGCCCAUCACAGACCAAGCCUACGUGACCCUCUGCACCAAUGACAUCUACUGUCAGGGCGCACUGGUGUUGGGGAAAUCCUUAAAGAACAACGAAAUAUCCCGCAAGUUGGUGGUGAUGAUAACAUCUCAAGUCUCCCCUCGUAUGAGGACGAUUCUUGGUAAAGUAUUUGAUGAGGUUUUGGAGGUGGACCUUCUAGACAGCGCCGAUCUGGUGCGGUUGUCUUUACUGAGACGUCCAGAGCUCGGAGUGACCUUCACCAAAAUCCAGUGCUGGACUCUGACCCAGUAUACGAAGUGCGUGUACAUGGAUGCGGACACCAUUGCUUUAUGUAACAUUGAUGAACUGUUCGACCGGGAAGAAUUCUCCGCCGCUCCCGAUUCCGGUUGGCCCGACUGUUUUAACAGCGGAGUGUUUGUCUUCAGACCUUCACUGGACACUUUCGGCCGCCUUCUACAGUAUGCAGAAGACCACGGCAGCUUUGACGGUGGUGACCAGGGGCUCUUGAACAGCUUCUUCAGUAACUGGGCGACAUCAGACAUCAGCAAACAUUUACCGUUCAUCUAUAACCUGAGCAUUUGUUCCGUUUACACUUAUAUUCCUGCAUUUAAACAGUUUGGGUCAGAUGCAAAGGUUGUUCACUUUAUAGGGACCCCGAAGCCUUGGAACUGUAAAUAUAACCCCCAAACCAAAUGGAUCGUAGAGGAGGAAUCACUAAAUGGACACCAGCACCUCUUAUUCCUUGUCCAUUGGUGGGAGGUUUACAUUUCUGAUAUUUUACCUUUAUUGACGGAACAAGAGGAGCUUGACAGCGCAGAUAAGCAUCAGUUUGGAAGAAUUGAACUUCAGAUGAAAAAUGAGAACGUGUCCGUGGACGGCUCCGAGGAGGCUCAUUCAGACAAUCCCGGGAACUCAUGUCCGCCCGGUUGUAGCUCUGAGCCGCCUGCUGACCCCCGCCAUGAUGAAGACCGUCUCCCCUCCGGCCCUGAGCCUGUAACCCAAGACUCCGUCCAUAUGCCUCACCUCUCCAAGUCUGUUUCGGAAUUAUCCAUCCAAGAAGCCGAAGAAGCGCUGAGAACCGACGAAGAGCGCCGGAACUGGGAGGAAGGUCGUAUCGACUACAUGGGGAAGUAUUCCUUCGACAACAUCCAGAAGAAGCUGGACCGGUUCUUACAGUGAUUUCUCCCCCGUUACUUCUACAAGGGUGCUGUGUAUUAUAAGUCUAUUUGUCAUUAUUUAUUGUGCGGUGACAGAUUGCGGUCCAUUUACUGACAUGACUGAUAUAUAUAUAUUUUUUUUUUUGCCGAUUAAAUUGGAAAAGGAAAGUGAA